UACAAACCCAGGGACCAAUAGGAGAGCGCGUUCUGGCUGUAGGCGUGGCUUCGCCUUGCCAGGCUCUACAAUGGCGGAUCGCCUGACGCAGCUUCAGGAUGCGCUGAAUUCGCUGGCAGAUCAGUUCUGUAACGCUAUUGGUGUACUCCAGCAAUGUGCGCCCCCAGCGUCCUUCAACACCAUCCAGACAACCGUAAACAAGGACCAGCCCUCCAACCCCACAGAAGAGUAUGCCCAGCUGUUUGCAGCCCUAAUCGCCCGCACAGCGAAGGACAUUGAUGUUCUCAUCGACUCGCUGCCCAGUGAGGAAUCUACGGCUGCGUUACAGGCUGCCAGUCUGUACCAGCUGGAAGAGGAGAACCACGCAGCCGCUACCCGCCUGGAGGAGACGGUCUACAGGGGGGACAUGCUCCUGGAAAAGAUACAGACGGCACUCGCUGACAUUGCCCAGUCUCAACUGAAGACGAGAAGCACAAUCCACACACAGGCUCCUCCUGAGAGCUAGCACUAGGGGGCGAUGUCAUACCUGGAUAGAGCGAGCGUUACUCAGCCCGUGACUGCUUACUAAAGCAUUGCACAGCGACAUGAAGGAAUUGUUCAUCGGCCAGACAUCACUGUGUGUGUGUGGGGGCAGGGGGGUUGUCUUAUCUUAAUAUGCUCUUCAGUUGGUUCUUGCACAAGCUAUUUCAGUAAGCAGCUUCUAUUAACAGGUCUGCACUCUCCGUCCUCCAAUACGUCUGUGCUGGGCCUACUUCAUUUGAAAAGCUGCGAUGACUUCUUUUUGCAGCAACAGAACUAUUGUUUCGUACAAUUCCAGCGUUUCCGGCAAUCACAGCAUUCAAUGACCUCCCCCAUGGAUUUCAGUGCUAGAUGCACGGCAGCUGUUUCUAUCAAGAAUUUUUGCUAAUAAAAAUGAUGAAAAAUA